AUGCUACCAGGAACACCAAAGGUUGUUAAAUGUUCAGUUAGGCAAAGGCUUGAAACUGAUUGUGGUCUUUGCUCGAGAUACCCUUCUAUGAAGGAGUGUUUGCCAAUAUUAGCAUGUAAAAGAGAUAUACAAGUGCAUCUCCGGCGUUUAAACUUAUGUAGACAAGCAGUAGCAUCAGAAGGCGAUCUUAUUCUAUUAAGAUCGGGCAUAUUUGGUAGCAACGGGGAGGGGUUAACAGUAUGUCCACGACACAGAGAGAAUCUUGGUCUUUCCUGGCUCCCAAAACGUGGGUGCGCACACCCUCUUCACGGAUCCUCGAAGGCAAAACCAGAGAGGGGUGUUACAAAGAAAAUGUCAAUGGAAAUUAAUGACAUUUGGGAAAGGUUUGUUUCAGUUGGUUCUGGUAAGUGAUCUUUUCAAUUUUUUGUAAAUUAAUAUAAAUUAUAAUUAUUAAUUUUUCCAGCAUAUAAUUGCACGGGAAAAAUGAAUUCAAAGAAUUGUUGAUAGUUCUCACUAAGUCUAGGAUGGUGCAGCUUGAACGCCAAUAACUCAUAAGGAAGUGAGAGCAUCCAACCUGGUUAUAAUUACAUGAUUGUUAGGACAUGCGAAGUACGAAAAGAAAGAUAGAUUAAAGAAAAAUAUAAAUAGUGUUUAUUUCGGUUACGCUCACAGCAGUCCUUGGGAUUGGCGCUCUAGUGCUACAGAUUCCAACUACUACGUGCCGUAUGCUCUGGAGUCUGGUUGGAUACGUGGUAAAAACGUUUUAUUCGCUUUUUUGUAAUUUUUACUAAAGUCUAAAACAAAAUAAUUAUCUCCCUGUGAACUUCCAGUAGUUUACCAAUAGCAACAAGUGCUCGACAUCUAACUUACAAACACCAGCACGCUUACUAACUGAUAUUUUGUGGUCUAAAGGAUAUAUUUUCAACAGUUUAGGAAUAUAGGUUUCAUAUUCAUAUUCAAGACUGGACCUGUGUCCAUAGGCAUAGACGGAUUUUUAGUGGGGGGGGGAGGUAACUGAUGUCUGCCAAGCAAGCUGCAGUAGGGAUCUGCGACCACAGUCACUAGCAAAUUCAAGCUUAACAAAGCAUUACCAAUAGUUUUACUAUUAAAAGGAAACGAACUUGUGGUUAUUUUCAUAUUCAAGCAUUUAAAGAAGAAAAAUGUGAAGAAUCUUAUUCAGCAAACACGAUGACUAUGGAUGUGGAAAAGUGCAAAAAGGUUUCAUUGAUAUAUUUAGAAAUUUAUUAGUGAAUUAUGAUCGAUCAAAAGAACAGUUGGUUUAUCCAUUAACUCAUUUGCAUGCUCUGACGGCUCUGUAUACAGCAUAUGAAUAUAUCAAAGCUACAUAAACAAUUUCGGAAUCAAUGUCGUUUUAAGUUUCAAUUUGGUAUCUUUUGUCAACGUUCUCCCGCAAGUGCAACAACGACAACGAUUGUGAACACAUGUAAAGUCCAUUUUGAGGAAAGUUUUCAGUCUAACGAUGACUCAGUUAUCAGCCUUGACAGUGGACCAGAAUAUUUCCCUACACCUCAAAAAGGUCACCAACUUGUUUCUAUAAACAACUUGAUCAGAAUCGUUCAUGGACGAGAUGUGAGUCCUAUCAGAGCACAACUCCGUUCCCCAAUUAGAGACGUCUCGCAAAGUACCGAUCGAUACUACAAAAGGAAAUCAUUACAAACUUGUAUUGCUACCUUAGAAUACAUCGCACCGGGUCAGUCUAAUGAACUCUUUGAGAUAGUUUCCAGCGACAAAUUUGAACGAAAUACAGUUGCUCCCGAGAAUGAAGUUGUCCAGAAGCUUGUAACCUUGUACCAAGACUCAAGUUCGAGGACCACUCGUUUGGAAAUGCCAGGAAUAACUACGUGGCGAAUAGAUGAAGCCAGAAAACAUGCAGCACUUUAUGGAGCAGGAACGGCGAAAGAGAUACCUAAAACACAUCGAACACGUUUGAAUCAUUUUAUUGAUUUCAUCUCUCAACCACAUUUUCUACAAGAUGUCGCAUUCUGGACUAGGACUGAAGGAAGCUCUGCAAUUGAUCAAUCAUUAAAAGAAAUCGUCAUUACGCCGGGAAAACACGGUAAAUGAAAACUACUUUAAAGUGAUUUGAUUGAGAUGAAAUUAAAAAGACAUAAUGAGAGAAGGGGAGCGGGAAAAAAAGAGAGAAAACUCAAAAUACUCCAAUACACAAAAAAGCGCAUAAAAAAUUAACAAACAAGCAAUAGACAGAAAGUUAGAUACACAAACAAGAAGGAACUGCAAGAGAAACAAGGAAGAUCAAAGAAAGAAACCAAAAUACAAUAACACAAUAAAUUAGGGGGGCGAUCAAAAGAAAGAAGUAGGAAAACAGAGGUAGAUGCAGAAGAGGUUCAAGACUUGAAACAUCAGCAAAUUCUAUUUCUUUAUCUAAGGUAUGACAGCAUCGUGGGUUAAAGAAACUCAAGAAAGCCUGUGUCAAAUCAGGCAAUACCUGAAGUCAGAUUUCAAGAUACAUAUCAGUCUUGAAAACCAAUGUGCAGAUCAUUGUCGCACAUAUGCUCUAUCGGAUUCUACGUUGGAGUACAAGAAGAAAUGCUUUCACAAGCACAACAUGACAUGUGAUCGCUGUGACAUGUCAAAAGGCACAUUGUCUGCAAUAAGAACUGCUGUAUCAUCAAAGAAUGUAACAAUGAGGUUAGUAUCCUUUUACGUGAACAUUUUUCACUGGCGAAAUAGUUUAAAGCAUGGGGUUGUAAAUUAUUAUUUGCAUAUUUUAUAAUUAUCAUGGUUAGUUGAUUGUUUGAGUACGGAUUUGUCUUUAAAGUGAAGAAACCAAAGAGGAGACAGUGCAUGACUUAGAUGCCGCAGUCCAAAAGAUUCAGUUUUGGAAAGAACACAUAUUGCGAACUGUACACCAGGAUACAGCAAAGAACAUUCUUGAAGAAAUGAAGCCCAAUCAAGUGCUAAUUAUUAUGGACUGGGCAAUGAAUUUUUUGCCUGUAAGUUAUAGAGAAACACAGUCCGAAUGCUUUGGGAAAAAAGGUCGUCCAUGGCAUGUUUGUGCCCCAAUAUUCAAGAAACCAGAUGAAGAUUUUGAGGUAUAAGCAUGUCCUGUUUUUGGGUUUUCAAUUUGCACAGAGCUUAGUUGGCAACAGAGUUUCAUCAGUUUGACACACGAGAAAAUUAGAGUUUAAAUAUUUUUUCUUUGUAAGAAUAGGUCAAAACAUUUUUCCAUUUGUUCGACAAUUGCACGCAAGACUGGUUCUCAGUGGCAUCGAUUAUCGAAGAUAUCUUGUCAAAUUUAAAAGAAAGCUAUCCCGAAAUCUCCGAAGCGUUUCUUAGAUCCGAUAAUGCAGGAUGUUAUCACUGUGCUCCGUUAAUGCUUUCUAUUCUGGGGCUUUCGAAACGAACUGGGAUUGAAAUUAGGCGGUACGACGUCAGUGAUGCACAAUCUGGAAAACAAAUCUGUGACAGACGAAUAGCAUGCGCGAAAAGCCACAUACGCCGUUUUUUAAAUGAAGGGAAUAACAUCAACACUGCAUCUGAUAUGAAGAAAGCUCUUGAUUCCUACGGCGGCGUCAAAGGGUGCCGAGCUUCGGUGGUUAGCAUCGACAGAACCAAGCAGCAAAUCGCAAAGCACAAGUGCACAGGAAUAACACUGUUCAACAACUUUGAAUUUCUGAAAUCGGGAAUUAAACUGUUGAAGGCGUACAAAAUUGGCAAAGGAAAGUUGAUCAAGAAAGCAGAUAUUAAGCAGAUGGCAUGUACUCAAAGAGCAACAGGUUUAAUAUCACAAGAAGCGUUCACUAUCCCGGAAAAUGAUAAGGGUUUGCUCAAGAAAACAACUGUGAAGCAGUGCCAAGAAAAGCGCGAUAAAGAUGAUGUUCCGACCCAGCAUACAUCGAAGGGACUCAAUUGUCCAGACGUUUCUUGUGUCAAAGUAUUUGUUUCUAAUGGCGCACUUGAAAGGCAUCUCGAUGUUGGUAAACACUUGUACCGUUUACAGACGGAAAGCGCGUACGAUGUCGUAAAGGAAAAGUGGGCAUCAAAGUGUACUAUGGUUGAUAUUCAUACUGAAACAAAUAAACAAGGAAACAGGUGA